ACCCAUAUUCAUUCGGAUCAGCCCUUUUACCACUGUGUUUGCCUCUUCCUUCGGAACCCCCAAAUUUAAUUUAGGGUUUUGCAAUGGCUCUGUUUUGCUCACUCUGUAAUAAUUCCUCAAUUUCACCUUCUCCAUCGUUUACAUCAUCUGCAGUUCGACAUGUCUCGGCUUUCAAACCCCAAUUUUUAUCUCUACCAAUUUUUAGUUUUAAGCAGAGUUAUUUAACUGACCUGUCUCAGAAGAAAUCUCACUUCCCCAAGUGCUCGGAUUCAUCAGUUGAGCAACAAAAUGAUGAUGAUAAUUCUACUACAAUUAUAUUCCUCAAAGGACUAGCAAAGUCAACACCCGAGGGAAGAUUGAAGGUGGUCUUUUCACAAUUUGGAAAUGUCAACCGAGUCAAGAUCUUAACUGAUAAGAAAAGUAAGGAAUCUUUGGGGUUUGCAUAUAUCUGGUUUCCCGAUAAUGAAUCUGCACAAUCUGCUAUCGAAGAGAUGAAUGGAAAGUUCUUAGAUGGCAGAUUUAUACAGGUUCAGAUGGCAAAGCCUGGAUCUUGCAAGCCAAACGUCAAGUCAAUGCCUUACAAGUUCUAGUGAACCCUGAUCUAGCUUCUGGCUCGCAUUAGCAGACAAUGGACAUGAACUAAGGAUACUCAGCCUAUCAGGCAUGGAUGAAUCCAUGAUUCAGCAGCGCUCAAGCAAACCUUGUUGACAAUCAAAAGGAGCUAUUCGAUGCUAUAGCUGAACUAGGCUAUGCUUGCUAUGUAGACUUUAGUUUGUGCUGUGCAUAUGUAUACCCUAUAACUUCUGUAUCUUUUGACAAUUUAUAAGCUCUGCCAAGUUUUAACACACAAAUAAGAGAAAAGGCUAGUUGGUAUUUUGCUAUGUUGCUAUUUUUUAUUAAUGCUGCCAACUCCAUAUGUAAACUGCUAUGUUGCUGCUUGCUACUUAUGUUUUAACAAUCAGUAGGAUUUGAUAAAUGGAUCAAGGCCACCUCUUGCA